AUGGCGAAAGCUUCCCAUACAUUGCAAAAAGGUGCUGUCGUCCAGCACACCGCCAAAGCCCAUAACCUGAAAGGUCAACUGCCUGAAAGGAGCAUGGAAUCUUUGGCAACAACCAUUCGUUUCGUCACGCUGAACUGCCGAACACUAUCGAGUGGACUCCAACAAGCCGCUCUAUCCAGACUUCUGCGAUAUCUCUGUGUGCCUUUUGCUGCACUGCAGGAAACACGCAUGAGGGAUCGGCCCGUCAUCAGCAUCGAAAAUUACACCAUAUACUGCGGCGAUGCUGAUGAGAACAAAGUAGGUGGCUGCGCGAUAGCUGUGAGGAACGAUUACAAGAACCUGGUGGAGGAAUUUGGCUCAAAGUCGUCUAGAUCCGCCCUUCUACAACUGCGGGAUCGCAGAGGACGUAAACUCUGGAUCGUAAGUGCUCACGAAGCUACGGAAACCGCUGAGGGCAACAGUAAGAACUUCAUCUAUGGUGAACUCAAUGCGUUGAUGUCUAAAAUACCAAGCCAGCAGGUGGUCAUUGUCGGAAUCGACGCAAAUGCGAAGAUGGGACUCGAAUAG